AGUAUUUAAUUACUAUAACAUACAAUACAAUCUUGCGAACUUUGGUUGUUUAUUUUCGCGAUUUGCGCAUUAAUGGAUCAAAUUCAGGGCGCUACGAAUCUACCUCAUAUAGUUCAAGUAUAUCCGUCUGUAUCUAUCCAUCCUUCGUUGCAAACGGGACAGGGAAAGGUCACUUACCAACAAACAAUAACAUCCGAGUCCUUACAUAUACCGGUAUCAUCGGUACAACAUGAAAUCACGAACCAUCAGAUACUGCAGAAUCAAACGAUGAUGUCGUGUCAACAAAUACAUUUGCAGGGCAUGCAGCAAUUGCAGCCACAGAUAAUACAAAAUGACAUGAACUCUAUGCAAAUAACUUCGCAUGUAAUAUUACCACAAGUACCAAUGUUCAAGCAGCAUGUUAUUACCAAUGGUGUUCAACAAUCGUUUUAUGGCCAGUAUGAAGCAUAUAUUAAGGAUCAAAACUGUGUCAUCACUAAAGUUGAGGUUGAAAUGCCAAUUAUAAAUGAGAAGCAUAUAGGGCACAAUGAAAGUAGUCAACCAGUUAAGGAGGAGGUCCCUGUAAAGAAAAGAUCUCGUAGCUCAGUGCCAAACCCCAGUAAAUGGGCCUGCAAUGUUCGCAAAAUAAAACAUGAAAAAGGUGAAGCUUACAUCAGUAGAAGAGGGAAAUAUGUUCCUGAAAGAUGCGUUAAAAACACUAAGGACUGUCUCAAAUCUUGUAAAUUUAAAUGCAAUGAAAGAAUCAAUGAUGUUGAUAGACAACAUUUAUUUAAAGCAUUUUAUUCAUUAAAUACAAAUGAAAAGAAACAUUUUCUAUUAAAUACAACUGAGAGAAAUAAUGUCAAACAUAGUAAGUCUGUAGAUACGAAAAGAAAGUAUUAUUUCAAAUAUUUCUUUUUAGUUAGAGGUGUAAGGUAUACGGUAUGUAAAGACUUCUAUUUAGGAACAUUAGCGAUAUCUCAGAAACGAGUAUAUAAUGUACAUUCUAAUAAAACUGAUAUGAAUUUACCUAAACCUGACGGAAGAGGACUAUCAGAGGCGAGUGCCCACUCAUUACCUUCGGAAAUUAAAGAUAGAGUCCGAAAUCACAUAAUGUCUUUCACAACAGUUGAUGGGAAACAAGUUAAACAAUUUUCAAGAAAAAAACAGUAUUUGGAAUCUAAUUUAAGUAUAAAACAAAUGUAUACAUUGUAUUUUAAUGAAUGUAACAAAGAUUUAGUUCCUGUGAAAGAGUCAAUGUAUAGAAAAAUAUUUAAACAUGAAUUUAAUUUACAUUUCAAAAAAGAUAAAGUUUCUAAUCAACUUUGUUGUAGGUGUAAAGGACCUAUUAAAAAGUAA